CGUUGCCAUUGGAGGUGUUCCCUUCAUUGCGACGAACUCUGUUAUCACCUUAAUUGCUGAAGUUUGAUUUCGUUAAAGUUCCUUGGAAGUGAUCUUUUGACGAGGAAGAAUGCAGGCUGCGAAGAAUGCUGCUGCUUCUGCCAAGGAGAAGGCAGAGAACCUUGCUGCUUCCGCUAAGGCUGGAAUGGAUAAGACGAAGGCUACUAUACAAGAGAAGGUAGAGAAGGCGAAGGCGCACGACCCGGCGGAGAAGGAGGAGGCGAAGCUCAAGAAACAGGACCGCAUCAGCCAGGCGGAACACAAUAAGCAGGAGGCGCGGAUCGAGAAUGCUGCAGAGAGGGAGAGAGCCCGAUUGGAUGCCGCCCACCACCCUGGUCACGGCGGAAGCGAGGGCUCGGCCUUGCCGGAACACGGUAAGUCCGGUGUGCACGUGACACUGGGGACAGCCCGAUCGGGCCCAAUGGGCACGGGCGGAACCAGAUAGACGGGCUAUGGCACCGGAGGCGGCUAAAAUUGAGAGCUCUGGUUUUGAUUGCUAAACUCCCCGUGCUUUUCUUCUUCUCGUGAAGUUCAGCUUUUCCUCUCGCUGUUUUAGCGUCGAAUUUUUCUUGUUUGGUUGCUUAGUCGUGUUGCCGCCGUUGAUGCUUUGGCACUGGUGGCUUUUCAUGCGUGUUUGAGUCUUCAUUGUCGGUGUUGGUGAAACCGGAGCUAUUGUUGCUACCGUUUGUAAUGGUGACUUUUGUCGGUCUGACGACAUAGUUGGUUUAAUUUA